AUGUCGUGGCAAUCGUACAUAGAUGAUCACUUGAUGGCGGAGAUCGAGGGUAAUCACCUCGCCGCCGCCGCCAUCCUUGGCCAUGACGGCAGCGUCUGGGCUCAGAGCACCACCUUCCCUCAGUUCAAGCCUGAGGAAAUCACUGCUAUCAUGAAUGACUUUGAAAAUCCCGGUUCACUUGCUCCUACUGGCUUGUACCUUGGUGGUACUAAAUACAUGGUAAUUCAAGGUGAGCCAGGGGUUGUCAUCCGAGGGAAAAAGGGACCUGGUGGAGUUACAAUAAAAAAGACCUCUAUGGCCUUGCUCAUUGGGUCUUUAAUUGUUUUGUUUUUUGCAGUGACACCUGGUACAAGUAUCUGA